CCCUGGUUUGCAAGUCUUUUCCUAGCACCAGUGAAACAGUUUAUGUCCAGCGUGAAUUUUGUGAGCACUCUAUUAGCAAAACAAGUUGAAAGUCACAGAGAAAAAAGAAAACCAAAUGAAAAUCGAGAUUUUAUUGAAUACUAUUUGGAUGAGAUAGAUAAAACUAAAGGAGAUGCUGAUGCUACUUACGAUGAAGCAAACUUGAUCUAGACUAUUUUAGACCUCUUUCUGGCAGGUACAGAAACUACAGCCACCACUUUAUCUUGGGCAUUGCUCUAUGUGGUGGUUUAUCCUGAUGUUCAAGUCCUAGAUUGUUUCCUGUUGGAGAAAGAUGAGAAUUUACUGUGGUUCCUCAGGAAGAGGGAGGCGAUGCGAAUGAGGGAGAGGUACAGAGAAAGUCCUGCUGAGACCAGGGAGAAAUCUGAUCUUUGUCUAAUGUGGAGAAGAAAGGCAGAGGGGCUGGGGGAUCUGAUGCCUCCGGCUGCCUCAUGCUGCAGGAGAGGAGCCGUUUCAGGAGCCAGACAGCUUGGAAGGAAGGCUGUGGCCACCAUCUUGGGUGGGCAGCUGGGAAGGCAACUGAGGUGUCACAGGCAAACGUUGCGGAAAGAUCUGGGAAAAAAGCACCUGGACUGGUGUCCAGAGACAACCUGAAGGGAAGGCAGGCUGCUGGCUAGAAGGGAACAGUUUACACAACCGUGUCAUGCAGCCCUUCUGAGGGAACUGCGCUCCUCCUUAUAGAGACGUUUCCCACAGUGGCUGCCCCGUAUAGGACAGAGAAGGGCUGGGGCUGUGGGUCCCACUUCCUGCACGACCCUUCUCUGGCACUGUGGUGGCCGUCAGCGCUGAUCUGCUUUCUCUUCAGCUCUCUCUCUUCAGCUUCUACCUCUGUUGUGUGCCCCGAUUUUAGACAGGAAAGGAAGAUUUGACUGCUGCCGGGUCCGGGGCUGGGCAUCGUGAAGGGAAGCAGAGGGACCAAGUCUGGAAUGGACAAGAAAUCUUCUUCCUCCUUCAGGACACCACCACCAGGAAAAGUGUUUUAAGGUUUCCUGAAGCCGCCAGAGCAUGAGAGGAAAUGUGAAUCUCCAUAUCAGAGGAACUCGUUAGCAGAAAUGAUGGCAAAGGAAUAAAGAAGGAAGAGCUUCGGGCUGGUGUUAAGACUGUGGCAAAAGAUUUAUGCAGUUUUUAAAGUUGCAACAAGUACGGAGACGACUUCCUCCUGGACCAAUCCCUCUCCCAAUUUUGGGGACCUUGAUACAGCUCCACUUUCAGAUCAAUCGUGAUCUCCUCAUGAAGUGCGUGGGAUUUCAUCUGCACUUCUCUGGCUUUUCUCCCAUCUAUAGCUCGCCAAAAUUCAUGGCAACAUAUUCACCUUAUGGUUUGGGUGGGCCCCAGUGAUCGUACUGAAUGGAUUUCAAGCAGUUAAGGACGGUAUGACCAUGCACCCUGAAGAUGUUUCUGGGAGGCUAGUGUCUCCUUUCUUCAGAGCAAUGGCCAAAGGAAAAGGAUAUGAUGUUUAUUUCUCCUGAAGACAUUUGAACUUUUCUGGCCUGGGGACAGGAGCUUCUCUCUCUGACUGUGGACAGUUGCAACUCUUUCCCCAAAGGCAGCACUUUGAAGAUCACCUAGAGAAGCAGAUGUCAAGCUGCUGAGAUAACAGGGAUUAUGCUGGCAACUGGUCACACCUGGAAGCAGCAGAGAAGGUUUGCACUGAGAACUCUACGCAACCUUGGUUUGGGGAAAAGAGGUCUGGAGCACCGGGUUCAAGAAGAGGCCAACUACCUGAUAGACUUCUUUGCAAGUAUGAAAGGGAAACCCUUGGAUCCUUCUUUUCCUCUUAUUCAUUCCAUCUCAAAUGUAAUAUGUGCUGUUGUUUUUGGACAUCGCUUCUCCAGGGAGGAUAAAGCCUUCCAUGACCUCAUUAAAGCCACAGAGUAUCUAUUCAAAUUUGGAGGCAGCUUUAUUCAUCACCUGUAUGAAAUCUUUCCCUGGCUGAUGUCCCGUCUCCCUGGUCCUCAUAAGAAGGCAUUAUCUUGCUAUGAUACCCUGAGCGAUUUUACAAGGAGAGAGAUUAGAAUGCACACAGAGCGUGGGACACCAGAUGAACCACAGGAUUUCAUUGACUUUUACCUGGAUCACAUUGAAAAAUCCAAAGAUGAACCCAGGUCUACAUACAAUGAAGACAACAUGAUUUAUUCUAUCAACGACCUUUUCUUGGGUGGAUCUGAGACAACAAGCACUACUUUGAACUGGAGCCUGCUCUAUAUGGUGGCAAAUCCAAACAUCCAAGAGAAAGUACAGAAGGAGCUGGAUGCUGUUCUGGAUCCUUCCCAGUUAAUCUGCUAUGAGGAUCGGAGAAAACUACCCUACACAAAUGCAGUCAUUCAUGAGAUUCAGCGCUUUAGCAAUAUUAUCUCAGUUGGCAUGCCCAGAACUUGUGUGAGGAACACUACAUUGCUUGGCUUUCCCCUUAAAAAGGGCACCAUAGUUCUUCCAAAUAUUGCUUCGUCAUUGUAUGACCCAGAGCAGUGGGAAACACCUCGACAGUUCAACCCUGGUCACUUCUUGGAUAAGGACGGAAACUUUGUGAGCCAAGAAGCCUUUUUACCAUUCUCAAUAGGGCACCGUGUGUGUUUGGGGGAGCAUCUCGCGAGGACCGAACUCUUUAUUUUCUUUGCCGGCCUGCUGCGGGCAUUCACUUUCCAGCUCCCUGAGGGAGUGACGAAGAUCAACACAGAGCCCAUUCUGGGGGGUACACUGCAGCCCCACUCAUACAGGAUUUGUGCCAUUCCACGCUAGGCUGGCCAUCACAGUACAUCUGUUAAGAAAUCUUAUUUACCUUUGCAAAUGUAUGCCUUGAUUUCAUGUAACUCUUUUUGGUAUGGUGUGAUGGAUGUGUCAUGUGCACAUCCGCCUCCUGCCUCCACCCCCAGCCUUAACCAAACCAGCAGCAGUUUGGUUCAGACUCCAGAGGAGGUAAAGACCUGCACUGGGGCCGAGCACUCCUCCAGGAAAACGAUAAGGAGCAGAACAAUGCAGGGAACACUGAUAAGCUGUGGGUUUAAGGAGCCUCAAGCUUACCUCUCCUUUUGCAUGCAAUUGGACUGUGAGCCAACCACAUUUACCCCGUAAAUAUGAGAGCCUAAGUGAGCCUGCUUUGAGCUCUCCCUGCUGGGCAGUGUGGCUGUGCGGCAAAGAUCUCCCCUCACGCCGGGACCCCUGUCAGGAGCACUCCUUGAAGCAAUGAGAUCUGGUACCAACGACAGAUUGCUGGCUCCAUUUGAAUGUUCCCUGGAUGGCAACUGGACUGUAUGCCAGGAAACUCUCCCUUUUAGCAGUGAUUAGUUGCUUAGCUCAAAUAAGAAACAUUCUAAACAAAGUAAAUAAUUUAGAUUUAUAAUAUUGUGUAAUUUAGUAUGCUCUUUUGCUUAGCUUAGCAUAAGUAACUAGCCUUGCUGAAGCAGUAGGCUGCAAGCGGGGAAUUUCUAGAUAAAAACUUUCCCAGAGCAUGCAGCCUAUUUAGUCAAAACAUGGCCUCCAGAGUCACCAAAACACAGGAAAAUACAGAGGAUUCAAGGAUACAGUUCAUCAACACCAGCUGCACUAAGGCAAG